AUGGAAAGUCAACGCUGGCGGACAGGUUGCUCGAGGUUUUUGACCGGGACUAUCAACAAGAAAGAGAAAGGGAAGAAUGAACAAGUGUUGGAUAAGCUAAAGGUUGAGCGGGAGCGGGGCAUCACUGUUAAGGCCCAAACUGCCAGCAUGUUCCACACUCGAAACAACGCGAAGUAUCUCUUGAACUUGAUUGACACUCCGGGUCAUGUCGACUUCGCCUGGGAAGUUUCCCGCUCGCUUGCUGCCUGUCAAGGAGCUCUCCUUCUCGUUGAUGCCAGUCAAGGUGUCCAAGCGCAGUCCAUAUCCGUUUUCCACAAUGCACGGGAACGAGGGUUGAAAAUCAUUCCCGUGCUCAACAAGAUCGAUCUUCCAGCGGCUGAACCAGAGCGUAUCGCGGAACAAAUGAAGGCAACCUUUGGCAUCGACCCUUCCGAGAUAUUGCAUAUAUCCGCGAAAACUGGGCUGGGUGUAGAAGCCGUUCUAGAAGCUAUAAUCGACCGAAUACCUGCACCACAGGGUCAAAAAGAAGUCCCCUUGAAGGCAUUUUUAUUUGAUUCUUUUUAUGACCGGUAUCGUGGGGUAAUUUCCCUGAUCAACGUCCAGCAAGGGUCACUUCGCAAAGGGGACAAGAUUGCUUCUUGCCAUACGCGGAAGCGAUAUGAAGUCACGGACAUCGGUAUCAUGUAUCCCGAGGAAGUUCCUACGCAAGGCCUUAACCCUGGCCAGGUAGGUUACAUCGCCUGUGGAAUGAAGCAGUCCUCGGAGGCCCAUGUUGGAGAUACUUUACAUCGACUUGGUGAGAAAGUCGAGCCGUUAGCAGGGUUUCAACCAGCCAAGGCAAUGGUUUUCGCCGGUAUUUUUCCAAUCGAGAAUAGCGACUUCCCUAAGCUCGAGGAAUCAAUCAACCGGCUUACGUUAACGGAUAGAAGUGUCACCGUGCAGCGAGAAUCGUCUUCCGCCUUGGGCCAGGGUUGCAGACUUGGGUUCCUCGGGACCUUGCACAUGGACGUGUUCCGGCAACGUUUGGAAGAUGAGUAUGACGCGAGCGUCAUCAUUACAUCUCCAACGGUCCCAUACAAAAUCGUGUACUUCGACGGUCGAGAACAGGUUGUUAGUAACCCGACGGAGUUUCCCGAUGUGGGAGACACCUCUGUCAGAGUCAAAGAAGUGCAGGAGCCAGUAGUCAAAGCCUCGAUGAUCGUACCAGAAGAGUACAUGGGUGAACUGAUGGAACUGUGCUUUGAACAUCGCGGCGAGGAGCUGGAACAUCGAUAUCUGGAUGCUGGGACUGGGUCGGCGGCUAGGAUUAUGAUCACUUGCGUUCUGCCUUUGAGUGAAAUUGUGACCGACUUCUUUGACCAGCUCAAGAGCCGGAGCUCAGGCUUUGCCAGUUUUGAUUACGAAGAUGCGGGCUAUAAAAAGAGUGACCUUGCCAAGAUGUCCUUCCUCCUCAACGGCAAGCCAGUCGACGCACUCGCCCUUAUCGUUCAUCGCUCCGCACAAGAUCGAGUGGGUCGCCAGUGGGUCAAGAAACUCCAUAAAGUAAUCCCGAGACAAUUAUUCGAGGUCCCUAUCCAGGCCGCCAUCGGACGCAAGGUCAUCGCUCGAGAGACUUUGAGGGCGUUGCGGGCCGAUGUAACUGCAGGCCUCUAUGGAGGUCACUAUGAACGGAAAAUGAAACACCUCGAGAACCAGAAGGAGAGCAAGCGCAAGAUGAAAAAGAUGGGCAGUGUGGAGUUACCGCAAGAAGCGUUCUUCGACAUUCUCAGUACAAAAAAGUAG